AUGUGCCCGCCGCGCGGCCUCCUCCUUGUGACCAUCCUGGUCCUGCUAAGCCACCUGGACCACCUUACUUGGGCCAGGAGCCUCCCCACAGCCUCACCAAGCCCAGGAAUAUUCCAGUGCCUCAACCACUCCCAAAACCUGCUGAGAGCCGUCAGCAACACGCUUCAGAAGGCCAGACAAACUCUAGAAUUAUAUUCCUGCACUUCCGAAGAGAUUGAUCAUGAAGAUAUCACAAAGGAUAAAACCAGCACAGUGGAGGCCUGCUUACCACUGGAAUUAACCAUGAAUGAGAGUUGCCUGGCUUCCAGAGAGAUCUCUUUGAUAACUAACGGGAGUUGCCUGGCCUCUGGAAAGGCCUCUUUUAUGACGGUCCUGUGCCUUAGCAGCAUCUAUGAGGACUUGAAGAUGUACCAGAUGGAAUUCAAGGCCAUGAACGCAAAGCUUUUAAUGGAUCCCAAGAGGCAGAUCUUUCUGGAUCAAAACAUGCUGACAGCUAUCGAUGAGCUGUUACAGGCCCUGAAUUUCAACAGUGUGACUGUGCCACAGAAAUCCUCCCUUGAAGAGCCGGAUUUUUAUAAAACUAAAAUCAAGCUCUGCAUACUUCUUCAUGCUUUCAGAAUUCGUGCGGUGACCAUCGAUAGAAUGAUGAGUUAUCUGAAUUCUUCCUAA